GGCUCGAGUUCCUGCAGCCGGCGCAGGGAACCAGCGCGGAGGAGAGUGGGCGGCGGGAGGCGGAGCAAGGGAUGCGGGGGGCGUGGACGCGGCCCGCUUUGGAGAGGCCCCAAGUUAAUGAGGCGUGCGCCGGCGGCGGAGCGCCUUUCGGAGCUGGGCUUUCCCCCGCGGAGCGGGCGCCAGGAGCCGCCUUUUCCGCUGGGUGUCACUCGGGGGUGGGGGGGAUGGCCCAUUCAAAAGCGCCGCGAGGGGGCCCGGCCAGUGCCUUUCAGUGAGCGCUCGCAAGAGGACGGCAGAGGCCCGGAGGCUCGCUGCUCCGGGACCUUGUGGCGCACCAGGACGCGGCUGCCCUCCUGCCCGGACCCCGAGCCGCCUCCGCCGCCGUCGCUCUGCUUCCUGCGUGUUAGCCUCCUCUGCGCGCUCCGGGCGGGCGGCCGCGGGAGCCGCUGGGGCGAGGACGGCGCGCGGCUGCUGCUGCUGCCCCCGGCCCGGGCGGCUGGAAGUGGAGAGGCCGAGCGGAUCGGCGCCCCUCCCUAUGCCGGGAGGAUGUUGGAGAGCAGCGGCUGCAAGGCUCUGAAGGAGGGUGUGUUGGAGAAGCGCAGCGACGGGUUGCUGCAGCUCUGGAAGAAAAAGUGCUGCAUCCUCACUGAGGAGGGGCUGCUGCUUAUCCCGCCCAAGCAGCUCCAACACCAGCAGCAGCAGCAGCAACAGCCUGGGCAGGGGCCGGCGGAACCGUCCCAACCUGGAGGGCCGGCCGUGGCCAGCCUCGAGCCGCCGGUCAAGCUCAAGGAAUUGCACUUUUCCAACAUGAAGACCGUGGACUGCGUGGAGCGCAAGGGCAAGUAUAUGUACUUCACUGUGGUGAUGGCCGAGGGCAAGGAGAUCGACUUUCGGUGCCCGCAGGACCAGGGCUGGAACGCCGAGAUCACGCUGCAGAUGGUGCAGUACAAGAAUCGUCAGGCUAUCCUGGCGGUCAAGUCGACGCGGCAGAAGCAGCAGCACCUGGCCCAGCAGCAGCAACCCCCGCAGCCGCAGCUUCAGUCCCAACCCCAACCCCAGCCUCAGCCCCAGCCCCAGACACAAUCUCAGCCGCAGCCCCAACCCAAGCCCCAGCCCCAGCCCCAGCCCCAGCCCCAGCAGCUCCACCCAUAUCCGCCUCCGCAUCCGCAUCCGCACCCGCAUCCGCACUCGCACCCGCACCCACUACCGCACUCGCACCAACAACCGCUCUCACAACCGCUCUCGCAGCCACACGGCCACCGGCUUCUCCGCAGCACCUCCAACUCUGCCUGAAGGGGGCAGCACCCGGGCCAGCAAGGUUUGGAGGACUUGAAGUGGGACGAGCACCUUUCUAUUGUCUUCGCUUGAAUCGAAAACAAAAGUCCCCCCGCCCCGCACCAGAUCAAGUAGUUUGGACAUCACCCGGCUGAUGACUUAAGAUUCCUCUUAGUUUUCUGCACACUCUUCAUCACAAUGCAGGAGACGGUUUCAGUCCAGAAGGCUUUAUUUAUGAACCUUUGAAAGGCUCUUCCAGUAUGGUGGACCUUCUAGGAGCGAUGAUGUACUGUAAUUUUAUUUUAAUGUAUUUUGAUUUAUGAUUAUUUAUUAGUUUUUUUUAUUGCUUGUUUUAAGACAUUUCUGAAUGUGGGCCAUUUUCCAAAAAAGAAACUUUUAUUUUCAAAAACCUAUUAUUCCCUAGUAAGUUCUAAUAUUGGAGAAGAAAAAAGUAGUCGUCGGGGGUGGCCGGGGAAAACCAUGAAGAAGGCAUUCGUUACUCCUAGGGCAUUUUCAGAAGUUCUGACACUUUCAUUGUUAUGCCAGGUGGUUGAAAUUAAACUCUGUGAUAUUAUUUCUUUUUUUUUUUUCAGAUUUUUUUUCUUUAGACACAUAUUUUCUGUAGAAUUAGAAGUUUAGGAAAGCUAACUGUUCAAAAUUGUAUAAUUAUGAAAAUCUAACUGCUUUUCUAAAAGGAAAUUUGUAGUAAUGAUAUCUAUCUAAUUCCACAUAUUUAAACCAUAACCCAGCUGAUGGCAGGAUGAGCAUAUCUUGAAUAUGUGGUAAGGCUGAGUGUGAUGUAGAAUUAGCUUUGCUUAUAUCAUCUGUUCGAAGGGCUUAGUAAGGCGAUUUCUGUGGUUUCUGAGUAUGACUGCCUUAGGUGUUUCAUUUCAAAAAACACAAGCUGGGGGCGGGGGCAGAGAGAAAACCAUUCAACUUGCUUAAGAGAACAUCUGUGCCCUUAGCCACACUGGAGAUUACCCUUUUCCAAGUUUUUCGCACACUCCGCUUGAACCAUGUUUUCUGACCCUUUUAAACUGUGUUCUAGAAAUAUACUCUAGAAUCUCAUAGUUUAAAAUACAGUUUGUAAAUAUUUCAAAGGCCUAGGAGUCAUUGCUUUUUGGUAUUCAUACUGAAAAUGUUGAUCAGAGAAACCAAUUGUUUUGUUUUUUAUGGCUCUGGGAGAGACUUGAGGGUUAUGUGUUUUGUAGUUAGGUUAGCUAAACUCAGAAAUUGAAAAAGGAAGGACUGGAUAAACACUGGAUUUUCAGUAAGAAAACAACCCAGUCUUGUUUGAGCAGCCACUUGCUCAGGAGCCUGAGGGGUGGGGUGGAGGGGGAAGGAUGUGGCUUUAAAGGUAGAACAAACCCUCUUCUGUGUCAAAUCAAAAGGAUGGUCAAAAUUCACAAGGGCAGAUGCUACUUGAGCUUAAAAAGAGCCAUCCUUGAUAGCAAAUCCGCUUGGGGCUGAAAAUCACUUCCUAUCUGCUUGGCUUUACUGACCGUCUCUGUUUUCCAUUACCUUUUCACAAAGUCUUAAUCAGUAUUUUUCCAGCAUCCAAAUUGGAAUGGUCAGUAUUAGGCCAUUGCUCAGUUAUGUGGUCCAGAAAUGAAAAUAGAAUUUCAUGCUAGAGAUGUCUUUAUUUCCCUUCCACCUAGAAGGGAGUUUCAAGAUCAAACUCCUUUUUAGCGCAAUAUUGAAAUGAUGAAACUUUGAAAUCACAACCCUAAUCUGAAAAGUUAUGGCGGAAGACUAAACGUCAGGCAAAUGGCAAGCAAAACCUGAAGUGGACUCUCCCUUUUAGUGGCUAAGGCACCAUGGUGAAGAUACUCUGCAAAGAUUUUAUAUAUACAGGUUGCAGGCAAAUCUGAAGAGUUCUUAAGUCAAGUGUGGUUUGGCUGCCCAGAAACUACUGCUGCGAGUGGUAGAGAAUGCCUCCUUGUACUGUCGUUCUCAUACAUGCAGAUCGGAGAACCUGCAGUGAAGCCGCCGUUUUUUAUGUCAAGUUUCGUGCUAUACAAAUAGUAACGUCCUUACCAAAUAUUUAAAAAAUUAAGACUCAACGUGGGCUUUUAAAAGACAUUUGUUAGGUUGUUAGAUUACAUGUAGGCUAGGUAGUAUUGUGAAAAACAUAUGCCCUGGGCUCCCUCCUGGCUGCUGGAGUCCGCUGACACUCCCUCCCCUCCCCCACCACAAAGGGUAUGGUUGUUAAUGCGGCCACCAGAAUCAUGGUGCUUUAUCUUGUCUUUCCACAGUCCCUAUUCGUUGGUCUGCUCUGAUAUUUACACUGAGUUGGCCCUCUUAGGGGCUGUCUAGUCUGAACCCCUCUUAGCAUUUACCCGUGAAACCUCAGAAAUUAGGAAGGAGCGGAAUAGGAGGGUUUUUUUUUUUUUUGGUUAUUGUUUGACACUUUGAAAGGAUUGUGGCUGAAUAAUUUUUUCCAGAAUAACAACAACAACAACAAAAGCAUGCUUACCAAAACAAAAUACAAAUGCAAAUUCCUUACUGUGUCAGUGGCAGAAUUUACCAUAUUCUGUAAGAAAAUGACAUGAGCCACUGAAGCUAUUCUGAGGCCUGACAGAUGACCUUCAUGGAAAAAAAAGGUAAAAAUGAUUCUUUCAAUCCAAGACCAGGAAAAAGGAAAGGGCAGGUCCAAUAGAAGACACACCCCUUAAGUAAACACAAGGUAAAAAGUUGGAAAAAUAGAAAGCAAUGUCCCCAUCUGGAGGCUGAACUUUUGUCCUUGAACUUGUGUUGACACUGAGGCCUUGUACACAGUGAGCUCAAUAACUAUUCGCGGGGACAAAAUAAUGAAAGAAGGAAAAAAUGUGUAACUCCCAGUAUCCACGAGGCGGUUUCUCUUGCCUCACACAGUGCUUUCUUUACUUGCUUUCUUGUCCUUCCCCAAGGACAAGUGACACUGGACAGGCCAAGCCUCAUGACGAAGCUCCUUUGACAUACCUUCUUAGCAGAAAUGCUCCUAGAUCUAUGUGUAAGCCCUUCACGGAGAGCUGAGGUCAGAGAGCAAAUGGCUAUGAAGGACCCUUUCAAAAUGAACAUUUUUGUCAUAGAGGAAGUUAGGAUUCUCUCAUCAUGUAGAAAUCAAACUAACUGUAUAAUUUUACUUCACAUGUUUUCUCCAACGGAGGUUUAAAAAAAAGUAACAACAAAAACUCCACUCAUUGCUUAAAGGAGAUCCCUUUCUAUGUAAACACCGUGAGGAAAUCUGGCUUAAACCAAAAGCCCUGCUUUAAGUCCCUCCUGCUCUUUUGUACCCAGGCUGUCUUUCUCUUACAGACCCCUCACUUUAAGUCUGACGCUCUGCGACUGUGUUGACAGUGUGUGGGUGGGAGCACCCUGCUUGUGUUCCAUCCCCAGGCACAGUGACUUGGUUUUAGCUUGGCUCCAGUCGUUUGCAGGGCGGUGUGCAGUGACAGGCUGAGAAGAGGGUCUGAGGCUUGAGUGAAGCCAGCACUCCCACGGAGCCCAGAGCUUAGUAGGUGGGACCAGGUCUGUGAGCAUCCCUUCUCUCUUCGUUGGGUCAAACUAAUUUGCUUUUGCUUUACCAGUAAACUGUCCUCAGUGGCAGAAUAAGAUUUCAAUUUGUGAAUUAUAGAGCUUGGUAUUGAAUGUAUCAGCAAUUCUUCCGAGAGAAAUAUACCUGUUCACUUAAAGCAACGUAGGAUGUAUUCAUUGUGGAGUUCUGGUGAAUGGGUAUUAAAGACCUGUUUUCUAAACUCUUGACAUAACUCGAAGGGUGGCUUUUUCAUCUGCGGUGUUGAACAGCCAAUCUAGAUUUACAGGAGAUUGGAUGAAAAAGUGGUCUGUGACUUGGUUGGCAGGACAUUUGCCGAAUGGAGGAGAGAAGCCAACGGGGUUUUCCUGCCAGGGCAUUAUUGUCCACUGAGGGCGGCGGAAGGGUUCUGGAAGUAACUGCAGAAAAGAAGAAAAGCUGAGGAGACCUUCCCAACAUGCUCUGCAGCUGACCUGUUGGUGGCCAGUUAGGCUUUGAGGAAGAAAUUUAAACUAGGUGGUUCUUCUAGAUGACUGUAUUUAUUUUGAGAAGAAAGCAAAAACGAUGGUCCGUUAUAUUCCGCUGUUGAUUUCUGCUUAAAGUUUCAGAAUACGCACCUGUCAGCUUCUGGAAGCCAAGCAUCGCCAGGUACCAAAUGCUUUAGAAAGUAUCACCUUUGUGAACUCAAUAGUGUGGUCAUAAUUUGUGUAAAUAUGUCUCAAAUGAUUUUGGAGAGAUGUGAUUUAUUUUUCAUAUUUUCAAAAUGCAUUCCAUUUCAAAUAAAGUGUCUAUUGAGAUGACCACUCUGUUACUCA